GAGAGGGAAAGGGAGAGGGAGCGGAGCUAUCUCUAGCUACGCCUUCCUCUAAGCUCCGGGAGCCCAGGAGAGCGCUCAUUUCAGGAUCUGGGAGAGGGGUAAAAAGAGGAAAGGCAGCCCCCGCUCUGCCCUGGCCUUGCUGCCCCCGAGGGAAGGGAGGACUCUGGCCCGCGCCCCCCUCCUGGCGGGCCGCCGGGGGAGCCGGGGAGCGCGCGAAGCGGGCGGCGCAGGGAGCUGUCCAGUUCAGCACCACCCGGUAAUGCAGUAGGUGGGAGCGCCUCCGCCGGGGGCCGAGCCGGCAGGGAGUGGGGUGGGAGGGGGCAGGCGGACGGCCCAUCCUGCAGCAAGACGCCGGCUCCCUUGUUUCCAGGAGCUUUGCAGAUAGGGGGAGGGAAACCCGCCUCGAUUCUCUGGGAGAAACCCCCUCCCUCCCCCACUUCGCCAACACUACCACCGCCACCAACAACAAUAACCGCCGCCGCUGCUCGUCCUGCCGCCGCCGCCGCCGCGCCUGCCCGCCCUGCUGCUGCUGCUGCAGCUGCCGCUGCCGGGGCACAACCAUGGAAGGCGAGACCCCCGCACCUGUUCAGCUGAAAUCAAGGGCUUACAGAAUACUGGGAAGUCUGGUCUGAAACGAAAACGCCCGAGACCCCCCCAAGGAAGAGAACUGGCGAAGCAAAGGAUUUUCAUGGCGCAGGCCGCAGAGCCGAGAGCGAAGACGGAAGGUUGCAUCUCGGCUUUUACAAUCUCUAACUGUCUAGGUCCCGACCAUGAGAGAUUGUGUUGAGAAUGCGGCUGAUCCCUGGUUCACUGUGGAAGCCCUCUCCAAAUUAGCUAUCACAUAUGGAAACUGGAGACCAGAAUUUUAGGAAAAGAGAUUAAGGCAUCUCACUUGGGGGGGUGGGGGGUGUCUUUUUAUUUUUUCCUUUUUUUUUUUUUUUAAUCACUGCAACUGGAACAGUUUCUGAUCUCAAAAGGCAAGCCUCUCUUCCCGUGUGAUCUUUAUAAUUUACACUCUUUUCCGUGAGCUUUCUUACCUCCCUUUUUUUAUAUCCCUCCAUAUCCUCUAUUAACACAUAUAUCCAUUAUAUUCGUAGUGGAAUUAUUUUUAUUUUUUUGCUUUAGUACUCGCACCCUCACACACACUCUCCCGAGAACCAGAAGUCGGUUGGGUGUUUAUAUAAUGAAGAAUUAUGGGGCUGUUUGAUCGAGGUGUUCAAAUGCUUUUAACCACCGUUGGUGCUUUCGCUGCCUUCAGUCUGAUGACCAUAGCUGUGGGAACCGACUAUUGGCUCUACUCCAGAGGGGUUUGCAAGACCAAAAGUGUCAGUGAGAAUGAAACCAGCAAAAAGAACGAGGAAGUUAUGACCCAUUCUGGAUUAUGGAGAACCUGCUGCCUAGAAGGGAACUUCAAAGGUCUCUGCAAGCAAAUUGAUCACUUCCCAGAGGAUGCAGAUUACGAAGCUGACACAGCAGAAUAUUUCCUCCGGGCUGUGAGGGCCUCGAGCAUCUUCCCCAUCCUGAGUGUGAUUCUGCUCUUCAUGGGUGGACUCUGCAUCGCAGCCAGCGAGUUCUACAAGACUCGACACAACAUCAUCCUGAGUGCCGGCAUCUUCUUUGUGUCUGCAGGUCUGAGUAACAUCAUUGGCAUCAUAGUGUACAUAUCUGCCAAUGCCGGAGACCCUUCCAAGAGCGACUCCAAAAAGAAUAGCUACUCGUACGGCUGGUCCUUCUAUUUCGGAGCCCUGUCCUUCAUCAUCGCCGAGAUGGUCGGGGUGCUGGCCGUGCACAUGUUUAUCGACCGGCACAAACAGCUGCGGGCCACGGCCCGCGCCACGGACUACCUCCAGGCCUCCGCCAUCACCCGCAUCCCCAGUUACCGCUACCGCUACCAGCGCCGCAGCCGCUCCAGCUCCCGCUCCAGCGAGCCCUCUCACUCCAGGGACGCCUCCCCCGCGGGCAUCAAGGGCUUCAACACCCUGCCGUCCACGGAGAUCUCCAUGUACACCCUCAGCAGGGACCCCCUGAAGGCCGCCACCACGCCCACCGCCACCUACAACUCCGACAGGGAUAACAGCUUCCUCCAAGUUCACAACUGUAUCCAGAAGGAGAACAAAGACUCUCUCCACUCCAACGCAGCCAACCGCCGGACCACCCCCGUAUGAAGCUCCCGCGGGCCUCGCCUGCGCCGCCGCCGCCGCCGCCGUCGCCGUCGCCGUCGCCGCCGCCGCCGCCAGGGUCCCGGACAGAGCCGGGAGGCGGGGCGCGGCCUGCGGGGUGGGCCAUGGGGUGGGGGGGUGAGGGGGAGGAAGCGAAACCAUCCACGGGGGACAAACCUUCCAAAAGCAAAAACAACAAAAAAAGAGAAAAACAUAAGUAAAUUUAAAAAAAAAAAGAACAACAUAUAAGAGGAACAAAGAAGCAAAACAAUAGAAAAUGUGCAAAACUAUAAACGAGGGAAGGAAAAACAAACUUUAAAAAAGCAAGAGAGGAUAAAAAUUAAAAAUAGAAAAUAAAUCUAAAAGAAAAUGCAUGAUUUCCCAUGUACCAUUAUUUUAACGUUUAAUAAAAACCAAUUUAAAUGAAAACAUACAAGGGAACCAAGAUAAUAUUAAAGCAAAAAAAAGGAGAAGGAACAGAAAGGAAGGGAAAUGUUCUUUGCAUUUAUCAGGGGUUUAUGUUACUUUUUUUUU